UACGUUAUUGCAAUGAUACAGUAAAAAGUCUGCGGUCCCGUCAACCCAGGAUGUAUUUUUAACCGGUGCUCUGUUGUUUUCAUGUGGAGUCUUUACCGAGAUUAACCGUGUUCGAACGAAGGAUGGACCCGUCAAAGCUACCGGCCCAUAUUCGGGUGAAGUUGUCUGAACUCGAAGCAGAACUUCAAGAAGGAGAUAUUACUCGAAAAGGCUACGAGAAAAAGAAGAGCAAACUGCUGGAGCCCUUUUUGCAGCAGUUUGAAGUUGCAGACCAGGCUAGUGCCGCAGUUUCACAUCGCAGUGGUAAAAGUCGACGGCACGAGCAUCAUGAACCAGAAAACAGAUACCGCUCAGAUGUCCGUGAAGAGGCAGUCAAAGCAGCCCUGUCCAGACACAGAGAGCGGGAGAUGUUGCCCAUGCCUUCUAAACGACAGUCUUUCCACACCAAUGUGGUCCCCAUUGAAACUCCACCAGAUUCCGACACGGACGAUGAUUCUCGUUCCUCCUCGUCCUCCCUCAACCGUCUCGGCGAACUCAAAGGUGGCAGUCGUCCGUUAUCGGUGGGCAGUUUCCGCCUCCCUGGUAUGGAGCCAGGCUUUAGUGAGAUGGUCAAUCGACAAGCUGCUAAUGGUCAUAUCAGCCGUGGAGGGGCAAGAGGGCUCGACGUGGCUAGCAACAUGUCAGGUUUAUCGAUGCAGGCAUCUCAGCCCCCUCCUGACGUGACAACCAGUUCUGGGUACAUGGCUGGCCGAUCCAUCGAUGAAGAUGAAGAUGAAGAUGAAAUUGAAGUGCAAAUGCCGAACAGCAAAGUGUCGGCCAAGAUCCAACAACUUCUCAACACUCUGAAGAGACCAAAGAAGAAACCUCUACAGGAAUUCUUCCAAGAGGAUGACGACGAGCUACAAGUUACAGAGACAGACCCCAACGCACCUAAACCUGAGGGCAACAUCAUCACUCCAGCAAUCGGAGAACAACUCAGUAUACCCACAGGCUUGCCCAGGAAUUUAGAAUCGGGCUUACAGCGCUACGGCACCGCUCACCAGAAGUCCAACGUUGUCACAUCGUUGGACGCUAACGGAAAAGUCAACUGCACUCUGACAUAUGGCAAGUUGCUGACUAGAGCGAACAAGCUUGCCUUCUUAUUACUCUACAAGAUCGGAGGCAAAGGUGAACAACAACUCAAACCAGGCGACAGGGUAGCCCUGGUCUUUCCUAAUUCAGAUGCUGCAGGUUUUAUGACAGCUUUUUAUGGGUGUCUUUUUGCUGGUGUGGUACCUGUCGCUAUUGAUGUUCCACUGUCUAGAAAGGAUGCAGGCAGCCAACAGAUCGGUUUCUUGCUCGGGAGCUGUGGUAUCACAGUAGCGUUGACAUCAAGUGUAUGUCUCAAAGAACUACCCAAGACACAGCAGGGUGAAAUUAUCAGGUUUAAAGGAUGGCCUAAACUCAACUGGCAAGUCAUAGAUCACCUGAGCAAGCCGUCAAAGGACUGGCAGCUACCGCCAAGGAUGGCCGACGAUGCACCAGCAUAUAUAGAGUACACAACGGACAAGGAUGGUAGCGUGAUGGGAGUUACAGUGACUCGCAAAGCCAUGCUGUAUCAAUGCCGUACACUGACGGUAGCGUGUAACUACUCUGAGUUGGAGACUAUGGUUAACGUGUUAGACUUUAAGAGAGAUGUUGGGUUAUGGCACAGUGUACUGGCGAGUGUAUUUAACGGCAUGCAUGUCAUCUUCGUACCAUACUCACUGAUGAAAGUCAAUCCAGCAUCUUGGAUGCACAUGGUCACUAAAUAUAAAGCGACACUGGCCAUAGUGAAGUCUCGAGACAUGCACUGGGGUCUAAUGGCACAGAAGGAGCAUAAAGACAUCAGUCUAAGUAAUCUUCGGAUGCUGCUGGUAGCCGACGGAGCUAACCCAUGGUCAUUAUCAUCAUGUGACGCCUUCCUAAGUACCUUCCAGAGUAGAGGUUUGAAGCCAGAAGUCAUGUGUCCGUGUGCAUGCGCUGCAGAAGCCCUCACUGUGUCUCUUAGAAGGCCAGGCAAGACGGGAAGUACAGCGUCUGGUCGAGGUGUGUUGUCCAUGGCUGGACUGAGCUAUGGUGUUGUACGCGUUGAUACAGACGACAAGUUAACAUCGUUAACACUGCAGGAUGUCGGCGUGGUCAUGCCUGGAUCUGCCAUGGUUGUAGUGAAGGUGGAAGGGCCACCAGUAUUGUGCAAAACAGAUGAAAUAGGAGAACUGUGUGUGGCGUCGGAAGCUGUCGGCGCAUCCUACUGGGGUCUGAAAGGGAAGACGAAUGCUACAUUCAAUGUCAUCCCAUUAGAUGAAGAUGGACAGGAAGUCAGCAGUGAACAUUUUGUGAAAACAGGUCUGCUAGGAUUCCUUGGACCGGGUGGCUUGGUGUUUGUGUGUGGCAAGGUGGACGGCCUGAUGAUUUGUGGAGGGAGGAGACACAACACUGAUGACAUCAUCGCUACGGUUCUGGCAGUGGAACCAAUGAAAUUCAUCUUCAGAGGGAGAAUUGCUGUGUUCUCCAUUAAGGUGUUGAGGGAUGAGAGAGUUAUUAUCAUAGCUGAGCAGAGACCUGAGGCAUCCGAGGAAGAGUGUUUCCAAUGGAUGAGUCGUGUAUUACAAGCCAUUGACAGCAUCCAUCAAGUGGGAGUCUACUGUCUAGCAUUGGUACCGCCAAACUCACUACCCAAGACCCCACUUGGAGGGAUUCAUCUGUCAGAUACAAAACAGCGAUUCCUUGAAGGAUCGUUGCAUCCUACUAACGUCUUGAUGUGCCCACAUACGUGUGUGACCAAUCUUCCAAAGCCAAGAACAAAGCCAGGUGACAUCGGUCCAGCCUCCGUCAUGAUGGGCAACCUGGUUGCUGGGUCUAGAAUCGCUGGGGCAGCUGGGCGGGAGAUCGGCACACUGGAUGAUGAGAGUGAUGCUGGCAAAAAGUAUCAGUUCUUGUCAGAGGUCUUAAAAUGGCGGGCACAGAGUACUCCUGAUCAUGUCCUCUACACACUCUUGAACAACAAGGGUGCUGUCUCGCUGGCUCUGACCUGCAGUCAGUUAAAUAAGAAGGCUGAGAGGGUAGGGGCGCUACUCCAGGAAAAAGGCCGGGUGAAUACCGGCGACCAUGUAGCCUUGAUCUUCCCACCAGGGAUGGAUCUCAUUGUGGCAUUCUACGGCUGCCUUUAUAUUGGUGCUGUUCCAGUGACUGUACGCCCUCCCCACCCUCAGAACCUUGUAACAACUCUGCCUACUGUGCGGAUGAUUGUGGAGGUCAGUAAGUCCAUAGCGGUUCUUUCAACAGCAGCCAUCCUCAAGCUUCUGAAAUCCAAGGAAGCAACAGGUACAGUAGACGUCAAGACGUGGCCCCUCCUCCUUGAUACGGAUGACCUCCCUAAGAAGAAGCUGACUGGUGUCUAUAGAGCACCCACUGCUGAGAUGAUGUGUUACUUAGACUUCAGUGUCUCUACCACAGGGAUGCUCGCUGGUGUCAAGAUGUCUCAUGCCUCGGCGAGUGCAGUUUGUCGUUCCCAGAAGCUAGCGUGUGAGCUGUACCCAUCUAGGGUUGUUUGCCUGUGUUUGGAUCCAUACAGCGGACUGGGCUUUGUCCUAUGGGUCCUCAGCAGUGUGUAUUCAGGACACCAGUCUAUUCUAAUCCCGCCAUCAGAGAUUGAGACAAAUCCAUCGUUGUGGUUGACGGCCCUCAGUCAGUACAAAGUGAGAGACACAUUCUGUUCGUACUCCGUCUUGGAACUCUGCACCAAGGGACUGGGCCAGGCCACUGGAGCUCUCAAGGCUAAAGGAAUCAACCUAUCAGCAGUGAGAACCUGCGUCAUCGUAGCCGAGGAGAGGCCAAGAAUCUCAUUGGCAAACUCCUUCUCCAAGCUCUUCAGAAGUCUUGGGCUGUCCGCCAGGGCAGUCAGCACCUCCUUCGGUUGUAGAGUCAACGUAGCCAUUGGGUUACAGGGUGCGUCUAGUCCUGAUCCUACACAAGUAUACUGUGACAUGAGGGCUCUUCGUAAUGACAGGGUGACCAUCGUUGAGAAGGGCAGCCCACAAAGUGUCUGUCUCAUGGAGUCCGGCAAGAUCCUGCCAGGGGUGAAGGUGGUCAUUGCUCAUCCUGAUACCAUGGGUCAGUGUGCUGACUCGCACCUCGGUGAGAUUUGGGUGAACAGCCCGCACAACUCAUGUGGCUACUACACAAUCUACGGAGAUGAUUCUCUACGCAAUGAUCAUUUUGAUGCCAGACUCUUGACCGGAGACACCCAUACAACGUUCGCUAGAACGGGGUACCUGGGUUUCAUCAAAAGGACAGAGCUGACCCAGGCUGACGGAGAUCGCCAUGAUGCCUUGUUCGUGGUUGGAUCUCUGGACGAGACGUUAAUGAUGCGUGGUAUGAGAUAUCAUCCAAUCGAUAUCGAGAACACGGUCCUCAGGUGUCACAAGAAUGUCUGCGAAUGCGCUGUCUUCACGUGGACCAACUUGCUGGUCGUCGUUGUUGAGCUAGACGGCAAAGAGUCUGAGGCCCUGGACCUCGUUCCCCUGGUAACCAACGCAGUCCUUGAGGAACACUACCUUAUCGUCGGCGUGGUGGUCAUGGUGGACCCUGGGGUCAUACCAAUCAACUCAAGGGGGGAGAAGCAACGGAUGCAUCUGAGGGACGGAUUCCUGGCUGAUCAGUUGGAUCCAAUCUACGUGGCUUACAAUAUGUAAAUCAGAAACAACACCGCCACAAACCUUGUGUAGAAAUCCAAUAUGGUGGUUUGUAUAAAGGGUGCCCUCUAUUGGUAGGGCAGCAGCUGGCAACUCUGCAGCCGUAUAUUUUAAGGUUUUAUGUGUUCAGACUUUCAGCAGCCAUCUUUGUCAUGUAUCCUGUCUCACGAACAUGAUGGAAAAGCACAACCUGAACCCACAUGACGGGGUACCAGACUAUGUUCCUUCCCUGCUUUCUCUAUAUUUUGUAGAAAAUAACCGUGAGGUAGUUGCACCCCAAGGGUCUUAAAUGGCAUUUUUAGACACCAGUGACUAAGGUUGAUAAACAGGUUUCCGUUGUUUCUUUUAACCACAAUUGAUUCCUGGUAUGCUGUAUGUUAUGAUUGUCAUUGUCAGAGAAUUUGCCAACAUUGUUACUCGGAGCAGUCCUUCAGCCAGUAUACAUGUAGUUAUUCCACCCUUGAUAUCACACGGAAUAAAGUCGCUCAUCUUUAUGACAAUUAUAUAUCUUUCGAAAGAAAAAGGAGUUGUGGUGAAACAGGGUGUCAUCAAAAAUACUGUAUUCAAAACAAAUUAUUCUAGGUUUUUUUAACUUUAACUUAUGAGUUUUUUCCAUUUAGCUCCAUCGGCUGAAAUCCAAGGAAAUGGGAUUUCUGUGCAGGAACAUAUUUCAUUUAACAAACUUGUUCUUCGGGUCCAUUGUUUGCCCGCUGGAACGGUUACAGAAUAAUAAUCUGCUCUUUCUUUCAAUGAUAAAACGGAUAAAAUAAUGUGGCUGAUUCCGAUCUUAUAUUGAGACAAUCAUCAUCAUUUAGCGGUCGCAACCAAGAUUCCAUUCACAACGUCACGCCAAAGGUGUUUAUCCCUCAUCAUGUUUGGAAUGUCCACGAUUUCAGACUCCGUAUCUCUACCGAUCAUGUCGAUGUAGUUGAGUGGUCGAGGUUCUCAAUAAGAGCAUGGCAGUCUCCAAUAUAACACAUCAGGCAUGACCUGCUCUUUAGCGCGAAAGCAGUGACCUGCGAAGCGGUCUCUGCGUUGAGCAACAGUAGUAGAGAUUGGUGGAAUAUCUCCGUAGAUCUGUUCUUUGGUCUUGUGCUCCCGCCAUGAGAUGUUCUGAAGGCGAUCUUGAAACUCUUUCCUUCAUGGUCCAGGUUUCAUACUGAGACAAAAAACUUUCAAUUGAGAGUCUAAAUUGCCUGCGCUGUUCUUGAAUUCGCUAAAUUUUGAGAUAAACCAACAAAAAUUUACUACAACAGUAUGUGAACCUCUGACCUCCGGAUUAAUGUGCUAAAAUUCACGUAAGAAACCAACCAGUUUAUAAGAUUAACUAUAAAUAUGAAUAUGAAUAGUAGACUUAAGGGUACAACGAUGUGUAAAAUCUCUUUUGAGGGAGUGGUGGCUCUGGAAAGAGCCGGUUUGGUCUCAACGUUUCGAACAGUAUACUCUUCUCGUCUUCAGGAGAAUGAAGACCAGUUUAUAAUUAUGUACAUCUUCAUGUGUGUUGUGUUGUCAUUUAGCCUUCGAGAAAGACUGCGCUAGGGUCAAAACGUCAGGCCAUUAACAAUGGUUUGCAUUUAUACAUGUACCAUAGGUCCUUUUGGUUGGUAAGCAGUUCCAAUCGGCUAAUUCGAUUUUCCCGUUUGUACCUCCUGAGCCUCCUCAGUUUGGUUAAAGGGACUUGUGUGUGGAUAGAAGUGGUAGGAAAUCUGGUCCUACUGUGUUAAUAGAGUAUUCAAACAAAUUGAAACGAGGCUUUGGGAAUCACAAUGCUUGGGGUUGGAGUGCUCCUUUAAGUAAAUCACUCACCAAGUCAAUCAGUUAAAUAAUUUAAUAACAAAUACUAAUACAUAUAUAUAUAUAUGAUAUAUUAGUAUGAUUUAAAUAAAUGUAGAAGUUGUUUCGCUGGUGUAGUAAGUAGGAAGGGGGACAGAAAUCUAAAAUAAUACAUGUAUGUGUUCGUUUUUGUCCAAUUUACUGUCCGCAUUUGUCUGUUAUAUGAAAAUCUUGUAAAGUAGUUCACUCAUACUUGAUGAUGUAAUAUUUUUCAUCUCAGCCUGUAUCAUUGUAUUAUGGAAUUAUGACUUGCAUGAAUAUUUGCCUGUGAAGUUUUUGUCUAGCAUGUCGAUGAGUUAAGCGUUGGCUACACACAGUGGCGGUGGCGGUCAUUUUAGUGGCCCUGCAUCUACCUACUUUCAUCAA